UCGGACCUCGGGCUCGGAGAGAUCGGAGCAGCGGGUUAGUGUUCGAGCGCGUCGCUCCGCGCCACCAACCUUUUCUUUUCGGAGCAAGAGUAAUAAAACAAGGGAUACAAAAUAACAAUUAGGCAGUCGAUCAAUUCACUUGGAGGUUGACUGGGGCGCAUCCGAAAACAGUAAUUGUCGUGCGGCAGUAUAUAAGCGGCUCCUCCCCCGUGUGUAAAAAAAGGGAGCGAGGGCUGCGGUGUGCGUGUCCAGCGUUUGGUUUGUUUUUGUACAUGAUCGCAAUAAAUAACCCUCGAGAGCUGCGAUAGAUCAGCUGGCUGCAAAGGGAGGAAGUGUUGUUGUUGCACGAUAUUAUUAUACCUAUAACACAACGUGCCCCGAACAAGUACAACAAAUGAGAGCAAAAUAAUAAUAAUAAUAUAAGGGAACAGAGAGUCGAGGAGUGCAAGUGCGGCAGCAAGUGUGCGCGCUUUGUUUGAUCGUCGUCUCGGUAUACGAUAACUAGCGGUGGUCGUCGUCGUGUAUGUAGGGUCGUCGGUUCCGACGACUGCACCAGCUCGAAGAAAAAAAGCGUCGGCCGGUCCAACGCGCCAAGACUGAGACCGAGUGCAACUGCGCCCGCGAGAGCAGAAGAUACUCCUCUCGGACGAAGCGACCGCGGCAAAAUGGCGCCCGCCAGCCGGAGCAUCCUCCUGGCGGGCUGCUGCGUCGUCUUCCUGGUGACGGCGCUCCGUGCACCCGUUGAGGUGGCGGCCCAACGAUACGGUGACCCCGCCGACCACCUGCACGUAGCACCCGACCCGGCCGCGACCCACCGUCAGCCGAGAUCCAUCCUCGUUGAGCGGCAUCCCCACGACGGCGAGGAGGCGAGCAUCGACAGGAAAAAAAGGGAUGCCCCGCUGCCCAACGUCAACAAUCCCAAUAUCACGGCCAAGGUGAACGCACUGAACGACUCGCACCAGCAGCUGAUGGUCCACUGGGUGGGCGAGGGCUCGGACGUGAUCAUUUGCCUGGCGCGGGACAGCAACCCCCUGCCCCGGGCGUACGCGGUCCAGCCGCCGGCUGUGAUCAACCCGAGCGCCGUGUACAUAAGCUACGACUACGGUGACACCUUCGAGAACAAGACCGAGAGCUUCAGGGUCUCGGACGAGCCGAACGCGGCCUACGCGACCCUCGACAAGUUCUACAAUCAUCCGACCCACAACAAUUUCUGCGUAUUUGCCGACAGUGCGAACAAGUUGAUAUUCAUUACGUACAAUCACGGCCGCGACAUCAAGCGAAUCAAGCUCGACUUCAGCCCGAGCGAGAUUGCCUUCUACGACAAGAGCAGCGACGAUGAGUCCUCCUACGUGCUGCUCGUCCUCGACAAGACCAACUCCAUGCGAAAGCUGUACAUGACGAUGACCCGGGGCAAAACCUGGAACAUCGUCCACGAGUACGUAAAGGCCUUCUUCUGGACGAACAGUCGACCCAAGUCACUUUUAAUCGAGAGGAUCGAGCCGUCGGGCCAAAACAACGUCAUCGACCUCGGCUCUAACCCGUGGCGGUGGAGCAAGCGCAACUACACCGAGGUCAUCGGCAACGUCGAGGACUUUCAGAUACGCGGUGACUACAUGUUUGCCACCAAAAAGGUGACAAAGACCAUCAACAACGCGACGCAAACCAGCCUGGAGCUGUACGUGUCGUACAAAAACCAGGGUUUCGUGGCCGCGGAGUUUGACUCGUACCUCGAGCGUCGCGACUACCACGUGGCCGACGUCUCGUUCGACCGGAUCUUCGUGGCCGUCUCGCACACCCCGACCCUCGUGAACCUCUACGUCUCGGAGACGGUGGACCCCAGGGGCGUCAAGUUCAUCCUUUCGCUGUACAACAUACUCACGUUCUUCCCCAACAGCACGUGGAAGGACAGCUGGCUCAACGACGUCGCCGACGAGGUGUUCACCGAGUUGUACAAGGUGGAGGGCCUGCGCGGGAUCUACAUAGCCUCGCAGGUGCAGGGGACCCCGAAGGUGAACUCGAUCGGUCCCGAGCACCUGUUAACUUACAUGACGUACGACCACGGGGUCACCUGGAGCCGGAUAAAGGCCCCCGAGUCCAACCACAAGGGCUUCUACAACCACUGCAACCCGGACACGUGCUCGCUCCACCUGAGCCAGCGCUUCAGCCAACUGUACCCCGUGUCGCGCUCUGCCUCGAUCAUGAGCUCGAAAUCGGCCCCCGGCAUAAUCAUGGCCACCGGCGUCAUCGGCUCGAGCCUCAAGGGCCACCCGGCCCUCUUCGUCUCCCGCGACGCCGGCCUCACGUGGAAGCAAGUGCUCCAGGACUACUACUUCUUCAACAUGGGCGACCACGGCGGGGUCCUCGUCGCCGUCAAGUACUUCAAGACACGGGGCGAGACCAAGGACAUACUCUACUCGACCGACGAGGGCGAGACUUGGCCGUCGCUCGAGUUCAACGAGAAGAUGCUCAAGGUGUACGGGCUCAUGACCGAGCCCGGCGAGAACACCACGGUUUUCACGAUGUUCGGCUCGGGCAGUGGACAACACCAGUGGCUCAUCAUCAAGGUCGAUCUCAGGAAGGUGUUUGAGCGGGACUGCGUCGAGGACGACUACAAGUUCUGGUCACCCGCUACCAUGGCGGACGUUUCAAAGACGUGCGUGCUGGGUCGCAAGGAGAUUUACAAGCGUCGAGCGGCGCGCGCCAAUUGUUACACCGGGGUGAACUACGAUCGGCCGGUGAAGACGGAAAUUUGUCCGUGCGACGCCAUAGAUUACCAGUGCGACUUUGGGUUCAUACGCCAGACGAAGACGCAGUAUCCGUCGUACUCUUGCAUUCGCAACAAGACCUCGGGGGGCAGCGACCCGUGGGCCGUGCCGGAUACCUGCGCCCCGGGCAAGUUUUACAACCGCACCAAGGGCUACCACAAGAUCCCCGACGACGAGUGCGUCGGCGGCCGGGCUCGUGUCUUUGAACCUGACGAGAUCCCGUGCCCGGUGAAGGAGUUACCGGAGUUUCUGCUGGUGGCGCAGCGCGAGCGCAUAUCGCGGAUCGACCUCAAGGACCAGAAGAUCGACGUCUUGCCGGUUCACGAUCUCAAGAACGUGAUCGCCAUCGAGUUCGACGUGAGAAACAAUUGUCUGUACUGGGCCGACAUCGUCAACGACACGAUCGGCCGCCAGUGUCUCAAGGACGGCAAGAGUCAGCCGGAGAUACUCGUCGAGACGGAUCUGAGCUCGAUCGAGGGCAUGGCUCUCGAUUGGGUAUCCAAUGUUCUCUACUUCGUUGACGGGGUUAGGAUGAGGAUUCAGAUAAUAAGGACCGACAUCUCGAGCAUGGGGAGGAUGCGAAGGACGAUUCUCGGCUCCAACAACGUGCAGAAGCCACGAGGCAUCGCUGUGCAUCCGAUGAUGGGUUACAUGUUUUGGACCGACUGGGCGCCCGGCAACGCGUCCGUCAACCGAGCCAAUUUGGACGGCACCCACGCCAAGCAGCUCUUCUUCACCAGAGUCGAAUGGCCAAACGGUAUCACCAUCGAUUACAUAGCCGAGCGCAUCUACUGGGUGGACGCGCGUCAGGAUUACAUCGGUUCCUCGGAUUUCGAGGGCAACGGCUUCAAGAAAGUCAUUCAAAGUGACGAGCGCGUCUCCCAUCCGUUCGCCGUGGCGGUGUUCAAGGACAACAUGUACUGGGACGACUGGAAGCAGUCGAUGAUCUUCCAAGCUGACAAGGACCACGGACUCGGCAUCACACCGAUCGUCGGCCAGCUGGCCGGCCUCAUGGAUCUCAAGGUCUACGCCCACAGCGUCCAAUCCGGCACGAACAAGUGCGCCAACAACACGCAGUGCAGCCACAUCUGUCUGGGCGCGCCCAACAACAGCUUCGUCUGUCUCUGCCCGGACGGGAUGGUCAUGCAGGACGGCAAGUGCAUGUGCCCCGGUGGUGUCAAGCCCUACGCCAACUCAACGUGCCCCCGUGUCGCCAACAGCUGCGCCUCCCACCAGUUCGCCUGCGACAGUGGCGUCUGCAUACCAGAGUCGUGGAGGUGCGACGACGACAACGACUGCGGCGACGGCUCCGACGAGAGCCACUGCGUCAAGUUCAAGUGCCAGUCGAAUUACUUUGCCUGCGACGAGGAGAAGUGCAUACCCAAGUACUGGGUGUGCGAUCUCGAUCGCGACUGCAAGGAUGGAAAGGACGAGCUCAAUUGCACCUACAGUAAUUGCACCGGCUCGCAGUUCAGGUGUGACAAUGGUCGGUGUAUUUCGCAUCGGUGGGUGUGCGACGGCGAGGACGAUUGCCGCGAUGGUUCGGACGAGAAGACCUGUCCCACCUCGGCCGUGUCGUCCUGCAAGUCGGACGAGAUCGCUUGCAGGACCGGCGGUAACUGUAUACUCAAGACGUGGAAGUGCGACGGGGAGACCGAUUGCGAGGACGGCAGCGACGAAGACGACUGUUCGAGCUUCAAGUGCGAGAGCUGGAAGUUCGACUGCAACGCCAACGAGAAGAACCAUCACUGUAUUUACAAGGCCUGGGUCUGCGACGGCGAUCGUGACUGCCAGAACGGCUCGGACGAGGCCAACUGCACGUCCCCGGUCCCGACGCCCCCGCUCACGCCCACCAACACCUGCAACGACUGGAUGUUCGUCUGCAAGAACAAAAAGUGCGUGCCCUAUUGGUGGAAGUGCGACAGUGUCGACGACUGCGGGGAUGACUCGGAUGAGAUCGGCUGCGGUUUUCCCGAGGCCAUUUCCACCGUUGCUCCGACCGACGACCGCGACCGACCCCACGUCUGCCGAGACUUUCAGUUCCAGUGUUUCAACGGUGAUUGUAUCGACACUUCCUGGAUGUGCGAUGGAUCCAAGGACUGCGCCACCGGAGAGGACGAGCUUUACUGCAACGGGUCCUAUGGGUGCAAGGAAGAUCAGUUCAAGUGCUUCGUCGACGGCUCGUGUGUGUCCCUUACGAGCAUUUGCAACGGGAUCGUCGAGUGUCCGGACGGUAGCGACGAGCGAGGCUGCGACCACCACCAACCAAGCCCUCCACCAGUCACAUCUUGCACGACCGGAUACUUCCCGUGCGACGCGACGCGAUGCCUCCCCCUGUCGGCUUACUGCAACGGCAAGCAGGACUGCUACGACGAUUUCGACGAGAUCAACUGCGAGAAGAACAACACUCGUAUCUACCAGGUACUCAAUAUCGGCGUUGACGAGAGAUCGACCAACGCUUCGAGCCUCUUCCUCUUUUGGUGGAUGCCAAUACCCAACAAUGUCACUUUCGAGUUCUUGCCCUCGAUUGCCCUCGCUGAGCCCGGGGCCAAGUGGACCAACGCCUCCAAGUGGAUCGAGGACACUGAAUAUCAGUUCACUCAGUUACACCCCCACACCCGAUACAAUCUUACCGUCUACGUCAAGGUCAAGGGUCAACCAACUGUUUUCCCUCCGGCUAGAUAUCUCCCGGUGAUGACGGGCGAAGGCGUGCCAAGUCCACCGUGGGAAGUGACAGCUACCCAGAGAAACGGAACUCGCGUCGAAAUAACGUGGCAAGCGCCGAUGACUCCAAACGGCCUGAUAACCAGCUACGAGGUAUUCAUGACGCCUCCGAUUCCACCGACGUCGCACUAUCCUCAUCCACCGAUAAAGACGUCCAUCGUCAUCGACAUCGAAUACGAGGCUGGAAAAAACUACUCCUUCUGGGUCAAAGCCAAGAACAAGGAGCACGAGUCUGUGUCGUCUAGCGUGGCGACUAUAACAUUCGACGGCUCGGCCAACAUCGACAACAUCGAGGACCUCAAGGUCGUCGACAAAACCAAUCACUCGGUCACCCUCUCCUGGAAGAAGCUCAAGAGCGCCGAGAGUUACGUCAUCACGCCCCGGGGUCCGCUCUCCUAUCCGAACCUCGAGUCCCAAACGACGACGUCCAAUCUGUACACCGUGGAUGGGUUGGCUCCUGGUACCAGGUACACCUUCGAAGUGUGCGCAAGGAGGAAGAAUUACAUCGGCAAGCCGCUCUCGAUAACUGGCAUGACCAAGGACCAGCCGUUGCCGUCGGUCACGAUAUUAGAGCCAACGCUCAUCAAAUCUCACGGCACGACUGUCAAGCUUAGCUGGGACAGGCGCAAGGGCAACAGAAAGAUCAAGUGGCAGUACGCCGUACAUUAUGCUCUCAACAUGCUGGACCUUUACAAAGCACCCAAGCUUUUGACGACGAAUCAGACAGUGACGAUCCGCGACCUCGAGGCCUGCGAGUCGUACAUCUUUGCAGUUGGAGUUCGCGGAGAGUACGGCGCCGGACCACUGAGUCAACCGGUGACGAUAACCACGGUCUUCAACGCCAAAGCACCGCCCAAGAGGCUCAAGGUCACCCGAUCCUCCGAAAAGGGCGAGUCUGUAAUCGUCCUCUGGGAAGCCAGUUGCCAGACAAUCGAAGAACCCAUUGGCUACAAGAUCACCGUCACCGAGCUCACUCAGAACAAGACCUCGGCGUACAAUCUGCCUCCGACGAACGAAACGAGUCUCAAGUACGUGUUCCGCAACGUAAAGACCGGUGGCAGGUACAAUAUAAGCGUGUCGACAGACACCGAAGGCUCGCUGUCCAGUCCGGUCGUCUUCUUCAAUGGUCCGCCCAUUUUCCCACCCCAUCAGAUCAAGGUGUUGCGUGAGGGUACCAAAUUCCUGAUCUACUGGCAUGAACAUCAACAGAUCGACUCGAUUGAGGGCAAGUACCAUUACGAAGUGUUGGUCAACGAGGGUGCGAACCACAUAGACGAGACCACGGCGAUGACUUUCCCGGCCAAUCAGCCGCCCUUCACCUAUAAAGACGCCAAGAGGGACAUCAAGUACGCGUUUACCGUGCGGCUCGUCACCGACGAGGGCUUCAAGAGCCCCCUCAGCGAGGUCUUCAGUAUCGUGGAGACACAAGGCAAGGAAUGGGCGGCGCCCAUCAGCACGAGCAACUUCCUGUCUCUCUUCAUAUCCAUUCUCCUGCUCGUGGCGGCCCUGGGCUUUGCUUUUGCUUACUUCGUUUUCAGGCACCGAAGAUUGUCCAACAGUUUUACGCAGUUCGCCAACAGUCACUACGACACGAGGAGAGGCCAAGCUACUUUCCCUGGCACGUGUGACGCAGGCUUAGUAGACGACGAGGACAACCCGGUUAUUCGAGGCUUCUCCGACGACGAGCCGUUGGUCAUUGCAUAGACAAGGGCAUUGCUGUCGCCGAAUUAUGCGCAUUUCAACUGAGAUAACAAAGUCGAACAUCAUGAACGAGCUAAUGAUACUGUAGUAUGAUCACCUGCAAGUAAGUCGCUCGAGGCGCGAGGACGAUUCCACACACACACACACACACACACACCCACACGUACACGCGUGAUUUCUAGUCUCAGUGCGUCGAUAUGUCUUGUCCUGAUGCCUAUCAUGUAUAUCAAACGAAAGGGAAUGUGUGAUGGUGGUUCUCGAUUUGAUCAAAAAAACGGGACUACCCAAACGAGCCACGUUCGGAGAUUGCAAGCCAACUCGGAAAAAUCACGCCAUUACGACGACACCAAUGUUCUAUUAGUAAAGUUUAGUAUAAUUUUUAUACUAUGAAUAAUAUGAUAAAAUGAUCGAUCGAGAGUAUAGGAAAGCGUAGAGUAGCCGAAAAAAAAAAAAAAAAAGUUUAAUCUGCGUCAAGGAAGAGGAAGGAUAUUUCCUGUGGCAAAGAAAUACGUAUAAUAAAACCGACUGUUUACGAGUUAUUAUUUUUAUAAAAGAAAGAAAGAAAAGAAAAUAGAAAAAGACAAAAGCGACGCGAGUUGUGGAACGAAAUGUUGCUGAUUUCUUUACAUACCAGCCCCUCUCCCCUGUCAAAUGAUUUUACAAUCCAGUGUUGAAGCUCCAAUCUGGUGCUCCUCUGCAAGAGACAUUCGGGAUGCCAUAAUUAUUAUUACACGUAUGUGUAUACAAGUUGAUUUUUUUUAAUCAUAAGUUAAUUUAGAAUAUAAGAAUUUUGCCCUUCUCUUGAUGUUUUUUUUUUCUUUUUUCAUACGAGCAUCAGAAAAACUGUGUAAUUCUUUGUUUAGUUCAUUAAGAAACUUAGGUACUGAGAUAUUGGUAUAAAAAGUUUGAAAUUGAACAGUGCUACGACAAAAUGAUAUGUUAAAGUUAUUUUUUAUUUUCAUUUCCUUUCUGUUCUUAUACGAAAACACACGUACCUGUUCCUAAAUAUACGUGCAAUGCGCGCCGAGCGAAUGUUGUAAGCUUUUUUUUUUUUUUUUUUUAAUUUAUCCAUACACUAAAUACAUUGUAUUUUACUUUGUUUAAUCGCCCUACUUUUGAGGUACACAAAAAGUAAUUUUUUGUAAUCUAAAUUUUUGAUUUUCUAAAAGCUAUAUAUAUCGUACAAUUGAGUAGGAAGUGUAAAAAUUUCUAUCGAAAAAAAAAAAAAAAAAAAAAUGUACAGUGUCAAGUUGAAUGAGAUAUAUAGUGGCAUUAUCGAUUUUACAAAAUGAUCUCAUGUUUAACAAAGAAAAUUCUCUUAUUUGAUUCAUUCAGAAUUACAACAAUUACCUCGCCCUUAAUCACUUGUUAUUUUUUGUUCUCUCUCUCUUGCCGUUUGAAUAUUUAUUUAAUCUCUACUAGAAGAAUCGUUAUAAUUUACAAAAGGGACGCUUCGUACAUUUAUAAAAUAAGACAUAUUAUUUAGUUGUUUAAUGAAUCAAGUCCAAACAAAAUAAAUAAAAAAUGCCGCCUUCGAAGCUGUAAAAAUAAUUUUAUUUCAAACUCUCUAUUGAGAAACUAUUCGUUUAGAAUCAUACGGAUUCUUUGCCAGUUUACAAUAAAUAUAUAAUUGUAAAAUCGGAAAUACUUUUUUAAGAAAAAUAAUUUUGUUUGUCAUUUUCUUGGAUUCUUGUAAAACGAGUCUUUGUGUGCGUUUGCUUAUGACAAAGUUAUUAACUUUUGUAUUUUUAUUGAUAAUCAACGAAUGGUAAAAAAAGCUCAGCGUCACGUUGAACAUGUCAGUUUAAAUGUUGUUUAUUUUUUGCAUUUAAUACAGUUUUGGCGUUUAAAGAAAAUAAUACCUUUUUUUUAAAGAUGUAUUAAAAUAAAACGAAAUACAAAAAAAUUUGUAAAUCAGAUACGAUUGAAAAUAUUUGUAUCACACUGACUAAUCGUCCUGUUAAUCGGAAAGACUGAUUGUAACUUUUUAAAUUACAACAUUUCAAAGAGAGUUUAUAGUGGAAAGCACGAAACUCGAAAUACUAUAUAACGAUAAUUAAGAAAAAAAAAAAAAAAAAAAAAUGUACAGUGUCAAGUUGAAUGAGAUAUAUAGUGGCAUUAUCGAUUUUACAAAAUGAUCUCAUGUUUAACAAAGAAAAUUCUCUUAUUUGAUUCAUUCAGAAUUACAACAAUUACCUCGCCCUUAAUCACUUGUUAUUUUUUGUUCUCUCUCUCUUGCCGUUUGAAUAUUUAUUUAAUCUCUACUAGAAGAAUCGUUAUAAUUUACAAAAGGGACGCUUCGUACAUUUAUAAAAUAAGACAUAUUAUUUAGUUGUUUAAUGAAUCAAGUCCAAACAAAAUAAAUAAAAAAUGCCGCCUUCGAAGCUGUAAAAAUAAUUUUAUUUCAAACUCUCUAUUGAGAAACUAUUCGUUUAGAAUCAUACGGAUUCUUUGCCAGUUUACAAUAAAUAUAUAAUUGUAAAAUCGGAAAUACUUUUUUAAGAAAAAUAAUUUUGUUUGUCAUUUUCUUGGAUUCUUGUAAAACGAGUCUUUGUGUGCGUUUGCUUAUGACAAAGUUAUUAACUUUUGUAUUUUUAUUGAUAAUCAACGAAUGGUAAAAAAAGCUCAGCGUCACGUUGAACAUGUCAGUUUAAAUGUUGUUUAUUUUUUGCAUUUAAUACAGUUUUGGCGUUUAAAGAAAAUAAUACCUUUUUUUUAAAGAUGUAUUAAAAUAAAACGAAAUACAAAAAAAUUUGUAAAUCAGAUACGAUUGAAAAUAUUUGUAUCACACUGACUAAUCGUCCUGUUAAUCGGAAAGACUGAUUGUAACUUUUUAAAUUACAACAUUUCAAAGAGAGUUUAUAGUGGAAAGCACGAAACUCGAAAUACUAUAUAACGAUAAUUAAGAAAAAAAAAAAAAAAAAAAAUGAAAGAAAGAAAAAAGUUACGUGGUAUAUAUAAAAAUAAACAAAAUACCAAUUAUAAAUAACAAGUAGUUAGUCUAAAUUAUCGAAAUAAAGCCAAAACUGAGCAUCGAUGCAAAAUUUAAAGAUUUUGUAGCCAAGCUAUUAUUGUGCAUCAUACCUAUGAAUUUUAUUAAUCCAAACAAGCGUGAAAUGUACACAAUGUAUUUGCAUGAACCCUAUCUAAAAAAAUGGCAAAAAAUUUUUGUAAAAUGUUGAGGAAAAAUAUUUUAUAGUAAAAGCAAUUGGUGAAAAUUCGAAGUUCUUAGCCACUCGAACUCAGUUUUGCUUGCAAAGGUAUAUAUGUAUAAAAUAAAUCUAGUAUAAAUAUAAUGACGACUUUUCUCAACUUUGCAACUUUACCGAAGAUUGGGUUUUUCGAGGCGUAUACAUAUACAUAUAUAUAUUAUAUACAUAUUAAUAUUCUAUUACAUGUAUAAGUAAGUAAUUAAUGAGGCUUGACAGAGUCAAAGAUGAAGGGGUGGAAAGAAAGAGAGAGAAAGAAUGAUCGGAGUAGAUUAAGAAGCGAGAAUGAAAAAUAAAUAUGUAGAUAAUUGAUAAGGAUUUUUGAGAAAACCCCCGUGAAAACGAAUAAGAGUUUGAGCGACGUAUUGUACGUAAAACAUAAAAAUUCAAUUAUUUACAAAAAAUGUGAGAAAACAAACUAUACGUUUCAUUGAGUGAUGAAAGUAUUGUAUUGAAAGCACAAAAGUAAAAAAGUACGCCAGCGACUCCAACUCGUCUUCGUUUCCGCGCCCGGGUGAUUCCGAAGGGAAAAAAAUUUGCCAACAUUGUUGUAUAAACUAAGAAGUUGAAAAAAAAAAAAAAAUUAAUGAUAAUACCAAAAGCGCACGUCUGGUGCGCGCUGGCGCUCACAUUGUAAUAAGCAAAUUUACGAUUUGUCCUAAAAGUAUGGAAAACUUUUUUUGUACGUUUCGCUCGUCGCGAGGAACACGUGAGAGAAGGAUUGUGUAAUCGGCGACGAUAACAUGAAAAAUGUGAAUGCAGAAGGAAAAAAAAAAAAAAUUACAAGCUUGGAUGCUGUCAUGUUUUAUAUCAUACGAGAAUAGUUGCUAGAAGAGGGGAACAUUAUUUGUAGUUGUUACUACGUGUACAUCUUCGAUGAUUAUACAGCGAUAACCAGUGAUAUUGAUAUAAUAUAUUAUAUAUUAUUUACGUGUAAAUAAAGCAAGUUAAGGCACAAACAA